AUGUGGGUCGAAGAAUUAAUCGCACAGCUGUCAUCGUUGCAGCAUGUUAACGAAUGUAUAGCGAUGUUGGCAAUCUUGGUUGCAUCGGCAUACAAAACAGAAAGCAGAAUAGCUGCUUCAAUCAUCAAGUCAAUGGCAGCUAAGGAAGAAAAACGCGCUAUAAUUAAGGACGAGUAUGUAGCAGAAUAUUAUCCGGAUAUACUCUCCAAUUAUUCAAAUUCCUCUGGAACUAUAUCGUACGAUACAAUUAUCACUCCUCGUCGAUUUGAAGAAAGGGAAAUACGAUAUGCUACCGAGGGAACUGCCACAAAUGAUCGGCCUUACUACGCACAUGAAAUUGAGCUUCUGCCAGCUCCAGUGAAACCUGAGCCAGUUGAAUGGGACCUGCUGAAAAGGCUAAACAAAUUGCUAGAACAUAAGGAGAAAAAUAAGAAAACUCUCGAAGUACAGAGAGCAGAAAAGGGUUCGUUGGAACAGAGCAAAAAGGUGAUCGAACAAGCGCUUCUGAGGUUCCUUGCUAAGCCAACUGGAAUGGCCAUGAAUAUUUCCACUGUGCCCAACAGUAAACCAGCAAGACUUGCUAUCAAGGUAUGCCCAACAGAGCAUAUGCGAACCAAAUCGGCGCCGAUUAUAUCCAUGGAAACUCUAAUGAACGCGUUUCAUACGGAUCCGGAAUACAUCACCGAGGCUGAACUAGUACGGGAACAAACAAAGUUGUUCAAGAAAAGAGUUCGAGAGAGACAACAAAAAGCAGAAGCCAUUGAGUCCAAUCGGCCAACUUUUCCUAGGGAUCCUCCCGAGCACGAGUCGCGAUCUUAUGGACCAGCUGCUAUGUCGCAGAAAUUCAAUAGAUCUCUGAAGUAGAAUUCUACGGAGAUAUGAAACUUGUCAAACUUCAGCUGAUAUAAUCCCGUUAAUAAAAGGUUUUAUUGC